AUGUUUAUCCACUGCUUUAUAGAUAUUGACGAAUGUAGUGUUGAUUACUCUGAAGCUGACAAGUGUGAGCAGAAUUGUACAAAUACUGAUGGAUCGUUUAAGUGUAGCUGCUUCAAUGGAUAUGAUUUAAAUAGUGAUCGCCGAUCAUGUGAUGAUAUAGAUGAAUGCAAUAAGGGUCUAACUCUCUGCCACGGCAAAAAUGAAGCCUGUGUUAACACUCCAGGGAACUAUAGCUGUAUAUGUGUCGCAGGAUAUGAUCGUUCUGGUGGAGUCUGUGAAAAAUUGAAUGGCCCCCAAUUUGUCGGCAAUAUUGUUUUUGUAAUUGAUAAGGAACCUAGUGCUGGAGACAAUAAAACAAUAGACAGUCCUAAGAAUAGACUUGAAAUGCAAACCAAGCUGAAGGAGAUGUUUAAAUUGUACAAAAACGUUGAAAGUGUUGAAGUCUUUCGAUUGCUUUAUAUCGAGAAAAGGCGUACGAAAAGACAAGAUUCUCAAAAACAAUAUUUGUUACAAGUGAACUACAUCGUGCACUGUAAAAAUAAAACAGACUACACUUCCAUGUCUGAAAGGUUAAAAGGUUCAGUAGAAAAAUAUAAAGCAAAUAUCUCGAAUGAUAAGCCUGUAGUGCUUGGUGAGGUGACAAUAAACAUAAAUUCUGCUGAAGCCAAAGUAAAUAACUCCACAGAAGGCGGCAGGUGCACAGUUCCAGGAAAAACAGAUUGUGCCAAGGACAGUACUAAUUGUAAUGAUUAUGAUGACGGAACAUUUAAUUGCACAUGCAAAAUAGGAUAUAAACCUAGUUUUGCGAAUGUAGAAUACAAAUACUGCAACGAUAUAGAUGAAUGUAAAGAAUUUACAGCGAACAACACAAUCAAAAAGCGUUGUAUCUAUGGAGUAUGUAGAAAUUCGAUAGGCUCGUGGAAUUGUACUUGCAAUCCCGACAGACUAUGGAAAAAUAUAGGAAAUGAUUCAUAUCCGGUAUAUAGAUGUCAGGGAAAUUACAGCUACAUUGGAAAUAUAAGUGUUGCUGAUCAUGAUCCAUCAAAGAAGACAAAUAUUGUUGAAUUUAUACAAAAUCAGUUGAAAACAUUCUAUGAAGAUCCGAAGAACGAUAACGAUUCUUAUACCGUGCCAAUGAGCAGUCUAUUUGUCAAUGCAAGAGUUCUGGGUCUUUUUAAAAACAUAAGUCAUAGCUCGUUCCGACAAUACAACGCCACGUUUCUGUUAAGGAUCGGAGAAACUGUUGAAAGCGGAAGGUUGUUUAAUGUUUUGAAAAAGGUUUUGAGUCAAGGAGAUUAUCGGACAAACACAAGCUCACUUGUUUUCGAAAAUAACUCAUAUGUCAUAUUUAAUGAUUCUGAUAAUAAGCUUUGUGCAUUUGGUUCAAAUGGCAACUGUGACAAGGUCACAACUACCUGUAGGCAAAAGGACGGAUCAACUUUAUGUGACUGCAAGGAAGGGUUUAAUAAAACUUCCGUGUCUAUGAAAUAUUGUACUGACAUAAACGAGUGUGAAAUAGAAGGAAAAUGCAAUAACGAAAAGUGUGUUAAUAGUAUCGGUAAUUGGUCAUGUAAAUGUAACAAUAGUUAUUCCAUACCGGUAUCAACUGACAAAGAUAACUUUUCAUGUAAAGAUGUGUCCAUUUGUGAAUAUAAGAACAAUGAUUUUCAAUGUAUAAAUGGAAACAAGACAUGUCGAAUUGAUACGAAGUGGGAAUGUACUUGUAAAAAGGGAUUUUCACCUGUUUAUAAAAACAUCAAUACUAUAGAAUGUGAAGGUAUGUUAUCAUGAUUGAUAGGUUUAAGAAAAUGUGUUCAUUUCUUAAUACAGUUUGUUGUCCAACAAUUUUUUAAUGCUUCCAGAGGAUCAUUUAUUUAUUUGUUUACAUAUUGUUUUCCAGGAAAUAUAAGCCUGCAAAUGCAUUAAAUGACAUGAUUAUGACAAUAUUUAUCAUAUCUUUGUAACUAUUUUACAAAUAGAUAAUUUCAAGCUGAUGCAUAUGAUAUGAUAUUAACUGUUGUGUAUUUGAAACGAUUUUGCAUAAGGCGAUACUAUGUUUGAUAACCUUUAUAUAACAGUUUCUAUAUGGGCAGAUUGUGUAAAAUAGAUAAAUACAGAUUCCCUAAAGAAAGCCCAACACGGCAAAAUUGAAAAUGUUGCAGGCUCGGUUUGAUUGAGCCUGUAUACGGACGGUACUGGAAAGUGAAAGUUACCGUCCACGCCCCCUAGCACCGGCUUAAGCAGAAUUCAACAUUCAAACAUGAAAUAGUAAAAUUUUGAAUU